AUGAUAGCAAGGAGUUGUGUGCUAGCCAACCCGGACUGUUGCGAAACAGAUGAUAUAGGUGAUGAUCUACUACAAUUAACUAUACGAUUACAGAUAGAUGGUAUUAUUCCUGAAGUAUUUCCCUCGCCUCCUGAAAGCAUAGUAGGGGUGAGCUUUGAAUCGGUUGCAGUUGAAAGUGGCAAUUGUAUAUCUCCACUUCAAACUAUACUUGAACCUGUUUUGGAUUUCCCAGACGUUAAGAAUGGUACUUACACAGUUGGCUUCUUUGAAGUGGAUGUUCCGAGUCGUUUGGUGUCAUUACUGAGGUUUGGCAUCAUCGGUCUAUUCCUUAACGUGAAAGGGGUACAAGGGGAACCGUUUGUCCCAUCAAGUGGGUUCUCACUAGCUCCUUAUAUUGGUCCUGCCCCUAUAGUGUGCUCUGGACCACACCGGAUCGCUGUCGGUGUAUACCAACAAGAAAAGGACAUCAAUACCAAUUCUCGCGAUUUAAUAAACGUGAGCGUCGAGCGGGUGAGGUUCGACUUGGCGACAUUCGUCAGCAACUACUCGCUGGGCAACCCCGUCGCUGCUAACUACUGGAUUUCCGACAAUUGUUGCUCCGUAGACUAUAAUAACUGUUGCAACACAAAUGAAGUUAGUUGCAAUGACGACUAA